UUUUUCGAUGUGAGUCUGAUAAUAGUUUUUUUUAUAGAUAGGCUGGAUCGGCUAAGUGAUUUUUAAUAAUUUAAGUGUUUAAUUUAACUAUUAAAUAAAUCCACAACCAGCAAAAUGAAAGUUGUUUGCAAAACAUUGCUGUUUGCAGUGGUGCUGAUUUCAUGCUUUUUUAUAUUGAACACAUCGGCUCAAAAUAAACAAAAAUCUGGCCUUUCGUUAUCAGAAAAGGUACAAAACCUCAUGGAUAUGAAUAACAAGAAAGCUCUUCUGCGUUUCAAUGGUCAAAAGUUUAAGGAAUAUGUCAAAAAUUCACCCCGUAACUACUCUAUGAUUGUUAUGUUGACAGCAUUGGCUCCCUCCAGGCAAUGUCAGAUAUGUAGACAUGCCCAUGAUGAAUUUCAAAUCGUGGCCCAAUCCUAUCGUUUCUCACCUGUAUAUUCUAACAAGUUAUUCUUUGCUAUGGUUGAUUUCGAUGAAGGUUCCGAUGUUUUCCAAAUGCUACGUUUAAAUACAGCCCCCGUAUUCAUGCAUUUUCCAGCAAAAGGUAAGCCCAAAGGUGCUGAUACCAUGGAUAUACAUCGUGUGGGCUUUGCUGCCGAUGCUAUUGGAAAAUUUAUAGCUGAGCGUACCGAUAUACAAAUUCGCAUUUUCCGACCACCAAACUACUCCGGUACCGUGGCUAUGGUUACGCUGGCAGCUUUGGUUGGUGGAUUCCUCUAUAUGAGACGGAACAAUUUAGAAUUUCUAUAUAACAAAUCAAUAUGGGGUGCAAUAGCUGUAUUCUUCUGCUUUACCAUGAUUUCUGGUCAAAUGUGGAAUCAUAUUCGUGGACCACCACUUGUGCACAAAUCUCAAAAUGGAGGAGUAGCUUACAUUCAUGGAUCUUCUCAGGGUCAGUUGGUGGUAGAAACUUAUAUUGUUUUGGGCUUAAAUGCUCUAAUAUUUUUUGGAAUGUUGCUGCUUACUGAGUCAGGCAGUCAAACUGAUCCACGCAAAGGUAGAAUUAUGUCUGUUGUUGGAUUGUCGCUAUUGGCCAUCUUCUUUUCAUUCCUGCUGUCGGUUUUCCGUUCUAAGGCUCAAGGUUAUCCAUAUAGCUUUUUAUUUAAAUGAAUUUACUUCUAACAAUUUAAGGUUUGUUCUUAAAACAAUUCAUACUGUACACAACAUAUUAAACAGUUCUCUCAUGGACAACAUAAAUAA